GCCGCGGAGGCCGAAGUGUGCCAGGGGGUGUUCGCAUAAAAAAAUUGGCUGUCCGCGACAGCGGACAGCCAAUCUUAUACAACCCUGGCACGCGCAGGCCUCGCCGAGCCCCAACCCACGGACCAGUCCGGGUUGUAGCUUUCGUGUCCCCGUCGCCGCUUUGGUGUCCUGGAGUCGCCGCCAAUAAUACGAAAUAAUGACACGUUGUUACAAUUAGUAAAAAAAAAAACACGAUUGAAUAAAUACAUAUAGCUAUGCCCGGCCGCCUACUUAAUUGCGACGCUAAGCACUACCGCGCCCCGCGACUUCUGCAACACCAGUCAGAACUUUGCCUCUGAAGGUGCGUCGGACAGACUUUCUCGCGCCUGCGGCGCUGGUGCUCACCGGCGGCCUUUCAGCCACUUGCGCUCAACCGCGGUUGCUAAGGCGCCUUCUAGAUUUUCAAUAUAUGCUGCCCGUGCUCUAAGGCGGGAGAAAGCUAUGAUCCGCCACGACUGACUUAGCACGAGCGCCGCAGGUUAGAGACAGUGUCCGACCACUGCCUCCUUUUUUUUUUGGUCCGACACAGCGGUCGACAAAAGGAAGGAGCAAAGGCUCCCAGAUUUUCGCUCUCGCUCUCGCUCUUACGCGCCUGCGCAGAAACAGCUGACGAUCCCUCAAAUGAACAUUUUGUCAGACGAGCUCCUGGUUGUGCAGGAAAGCAUGAUCAUGAUGGCUGUAAACAAGUAUGGCGUGCGGUGAUACUCGUCGUCUGUGCAGCGAAACUGAGUUCGCGAUGUCGCUGCCGCCGUAUAGUGACAGCCCACUACCGACGCCUUUUCGCAGUCCAGUGGAAAAUGACUUGCCUCCGUCUUACGACGACAUCACAAAUCCAAAUGCUCCUCCUCCAUCAUACCAGUCACUUUUCGGACAGGUUCGAGAGGUGCACAAAGCAUCCAGCGGAGUGAUAGACUUCUUGCGGAGCAUUAUACUCCUAUUGCUAGGCACCCUUGGAUGUACAAUCUUGGUUGGAGUCACAGUGAUCAUUCCUGUCAGCAUGAUAGUGAUAGGUACCACAUACUUAAAUGACUGCCCAGCUGAAAAGUACAUCCCAAUUUUUCUGGUGAUGGGCGGAGUGUUUGGUGUGCUGAAGACGCUACUCGAUGUCUGUGGCAAGUGUCGACGCCCUGACAACAGUGGGGAGGCUGGCCACAAUGUAGCAGAAGAACAGCGUGCUGAAGAGCGUACUUGGAGCACACUUGUGAAUUGUUUUCUUUUUGCCUGGUAUGUUGCUGCUACUGGCCUGGAAAGCCUGCAGACAUGGAUGCCACAGGUGCCACUCACAAGCUCGAGACAUCCAUGCCCAGCUGCCGCAAAGAGAGCGUCCACGAAGGCAUGCUGCAACAAUGAGUGGCAGAGUGAUGCUGGAUUUUUAGUGGUGUGAUCCCUACGCGAGGCUUCUCUGAGAGUGCUACUUUCACGAAUGAUGGAGAGCGGUUUAGUCUGUUGCGUGAAAGUCCCACUCAUUCCUAUGAACAUUUCGGUACUGAAUGUUUCGUUGAUAAAGGAGACAGGCGUAAAUGUAGUUUUCAGUCAAACCACAGACUCAUUCACACUCAUAUUGUGCACUGGGGUGGCAUUCCCUUGUGCUUUUUGUUUAAUACCAAGUUUGGAUGCUGUACUUGUUCUGACCAUAAUUGCUUGUAUGUCAUCUGCAGCAGUGAUGAAUGUAAAGCAACAAUUUCCGCAGUGAUAGGAACAACGAUGCUAUCUGUUUGCAGAAGGGUAAAAUUGUUCCACAUUAGUCUUUGUGGCAAACUUUUCGCUCCUAUGGAACAAGUUGUGCCACUGUUCCAACGUAUGCACAUUUCUGACUUAUUUUGAAUGAAGCAAGCAAGAGUGAAAGUUUGGGAUUGUUAGUACUAUGUUGCCUUAACCAACAGUGCAAAGACACAAGGAUGAAGAGACAACCGAGCACCAUAUUGCGUUAAUUCCAAAAGUUUUAUUUUGAAAAAGAAAGGCGCCACAUACUUAGAAUACACUUACUUGUCAUACUGAGCUACAUUUAUCACAUAUACACAUGGGAUCUAACCAUCAGUAUAACAAAUAACAGAGUACCUAUUUGAGUUCCUCAGUUCCUUUUACUACAAGUAAACAGCAGCUUGAAAUUUUUAACAAGUAUGCAAACUAUGUGAAAAUAGUUGUGCAAUCAGAGACCCCUCACUUCUGCAAGGUGCAAAAAACAAGCAUAAUCUUAAAUAAACCCUUCGGGUGGACUUAUUCAUCGUACUUCCUAAUUGCUUCUCCCUUUUUCAACUUCGGUGCAGCAGAACGUGCAGUAAAGCUGCACAUUCCUGGUGACAGUUACCUAGUUACCCAAGUUAGCAUCAAAGAUGUUCAUUGAAGAGCGGCACACACCUACUGGCACCUACCCAGUGACCCAAAUUGGUAUAGAAGAGAGAGAAUUUAUUAGAGCACAGCCCUUAGAUGCCAGUUCCUGUGGAAAGCGUUGGUGUCCUACCUCAUAAUUGGGCGAACGAGCACAGCGAAAGAUGAGAGAAAAUGCGGAGCGCAGUGGGAAAUGAAAGACAGAGAGAGUGAAGAGAGCAUGAGGAGAAAAGCAUAGUACUGUGCAUGGGGGGCUUUGUGAUGACGAUGGCUACGAGAUGGCGCCAGAGUAACCUGCAUCUUCUGUAUGGAAACAAAGCGCUGCAUGAGUGGAGGUUGUCUACAGUGGCUGCUGUGAAUUGCGCCUGCUCUUCACCCACGUGCUUCCUCUCGCGAUCUCCCAAUUAGCGAGGCAGUUGCACCACACUUUGCUUCGUUUGCAAUGUGCCGCACGAAACAGAUUGUCCGCACCAGCCAAUAUAUUGUGAAAUGAAAGCACGUACACAGCUCCGCUCUAAUUUUGCAUUAGGGAGUAUCGUAAUUGUCGGUAUAUUUAUUUGAAAGGAGGAACUGACCACAGUGCUCUUGCCACCUUGUCAUCAACAAAAGGAACCAGACAUCGACCUUUACGCAUCUCACCUUGGUCAGCGUGCCUACUCCAAGUCAGCGUUGAAGAGAUUCGUUGAAGAGUGGUACAUACGCAGUACCACAUAACCAGUCUCACGUCCCCAGUGACCCAUGUCCACAUCAAAGAGGUUCGUUGGAGAGUGGCACAUAGGUGCACAGUGCCACAUAUGCAGUGACCCAAGUUUACCCCACGGUUGGUUUCAAACCCUGUUUUGUCAGCACAGCAGCCAGAUGUGCUCCCCAUUCAACCAUGGACUACCCAGAUACCCAGGUUUGCGAGAAAACGGUGAUACAUAUAAGAUAGAGGGUGCUUGAAGUACCAUAAGAAUGCUAACUGCAUUAAAAAACUUGGCUAUUAAGUUUACACUUGGUAAUUAAACAAUGAAUUGCUGCUCCUUUUUCGAACUUCAGUGACUCCACCAUCUUAUCCCUGUCAUUUCCGAAGAGGCCACAUCUGUUAUAGGCCUGCUCCUCAUUACCUCAUGCCUACCAUGCAAGACACUAUGGAAAAGGUACUGAUACAUGUACCCACUUCCAAUGAGCUAUCUUUGUGACAUUACUUAUCCCUGACAUGAGCUGAUCCUUGUGUCUGGACAGAAUGGUGUGCUCUACUAGUGGGGAGCAACCUAUGCAUUUCUCACCGGGUCGAAAGCCAUCCUCCAUACAGUUGGGGACAAAAUGUUGUGGUCCGUGUUCACAUAUUAAAUGCUGAAUUUCGCUGAAUUUAGCAUGCACGACCAGGAACCGAGAGAUGCGCUAUCAUUCCAAGUGAGGAAAUUUAGUUGGCCUGUCUUAGUUUGAAGCCAUCUCAAAAUUCUGCAUUUUCUAUGUGGCUGUAGUCCACGAAAUUUUGUCCCUGACUGUACAUUCUAGUUGCAUUGUGAACACGUUCUCAGCCAGCCUUCCCAACCUAAUACAUACCAGGAGAGAGUGGAAUAUGGUAGACUGCAUUUGGUAUGUAGCCUCUACAUGUGGUGACGUUUUUUCCAGAUAAUAUUGUUGGGAGUAGCACACGGCAGUAUCAAAUUCUGUCUCUUUGUCCUUCUAAUUUUAGUUAUAGUAGUGAAACUGGCAAGUACUGCAUCCAAAUUUGGUACUAAACAAAAUUAACAAGGUGCCACCGCUGCGUGAAAUUUGAGCUAAAGCAAGCCAGCAAGUUAGACAGAAGAGCCAUUUAUACCUGGCUGCCUUAUCAACAUCACAUAUUAUGGAAUGGAAUGGUGUGGCAGGCUUUUAUUGCUCUGUUAUGUGCCAUUCAUGGCUUCAAAAUUGGCCUUUCAUUUCUCCCUGUAUGCUGUGACCAAAGGACAAAAUAAUGGUGCAGUCGACUUCCAUUAAUCCAAUUCAGGACAUGCGAAGUUGGCUCAAAUUACACAAAGUUUAAAGAUGUGUUCAGAACUUGCAUUGAGUUGAACAUUCAGUAUUUACUGGAAGUGUCUCAUUGACAUUACCCCUGCGGAUGCUCAUAAGCUUAACUAGACUCAUUGUACAAGCAGUGUUGUUGAAAAGCCUAACAGACAUUGUCUUCAUGCAAGAAAAAAAAUGUUUCAUAAGCCAAAAUGUUGUUUGCACUUCUUGUGGAGGUGAAUGAAGCUUCUAGACCUCCACGUCAUUGCUACUGCUGCUGUCUGACUGCCUUACCUGUGUCGUGCUAUAGCCAAAAUUUGUGACAUCUUCAUUGUUCAGGAUGCUGCAUAUUUCUGCGUUAGUAGUGUUCACGGACUCUCUCAUGCCGAUAUUGCCUAGAACUACAUGGUCUAUAAGGACCAACAGCUAAGCUAAACUGUCCACACUGGAACUGUUGUACAGUGGUGUGAAACUACAGCUUGUGAAACAGUUUUGUGAUUGUUGGUGGCUUUUAGUCUUUGUGCGUUUCUUCGAACAGUGUCGAUGCAUUUGGUCUGGCCAGUAGCACUUGUAAUUUAGCAGCCAUCAGUCUGCUCUAGUGCAGCAUAUCUGAUAUUCAACAUCUCAUGUAUGAAUAAGCUCGUUUUAUCUUUUCCUUUCUUUCCUUUUUUUUGUUCUGCAGGAACAUACGAUCACAUGUUCAACUUGACAUUUCAAGUUUGACCAACAAGCUUUUUAUACAAAUUCCCAGUAUAGACACUUCCCAGCUGCAUUUGCAAUGGCAAUGCUGCCAUUGCCUUAAGCAGGGCAUACCACAAUUCCUGUUUUUUUUUCUCUGUUUUAAGCAUGAGAAAGCCAGUCUUGAACUUUUCCAUUCUUUGUGUUAGCAAAAGUAGGCUGGAAAGCAUUGCAGAACAUAGGUAUUAAGCAAUCACGACAUCUGUAGAAGACAGCCUGUAAGUAAGCAGUCUGCUGUACUCUACAAAGGCUGAGCAUGUAAACUAGUGCAUGCUUCUGCAAGAGCUCAGCUUGAGUCGUGGGCCAGGUUUACACUGCCCAUCUCCUACUUGCAUGGACAGGGCGCUAACCAGAGUGUGCGUGCAUAUGAUAUGGGCUGAUGGCACACUACUUCACCGUGACAGUGAUGUGCAGAUUGUUUGCACAGUACUGCAAAUCUUUACUACAAGUUAGACUGCACAAGACACUGAAAGUUUCCCUGUGCAUAAUAUGCACGGAAGUCGCAUUGCACAUUAGCUGUUUUGCAUUUUAAGUUAAACUGCCAAUAUCUUUUUGUACACAGUAGCAUAGGCACAGCCAGAACUUUUGAACAUGUUGCAUCAAAGGAAAGAAUGCAUUAAUGGAAGCUGACUGUAAUGUCUAAAAAGAAACUGUUCUGUACUUAUUCUGCAAGCUUGUCAGUUCACUAAUGAUUUUGGCAUUGAUAUUUAUCUGUGUGCAGUAUACUGACAGGUCCUCGGAAUAAGAUACAGCAGUUUCAGUGAGUUUAUUUAUUUUCCGUGUUAGAGGGGGGAGCAUGGGCACCUUUCCAGACUGCCGAUCGGUUGUGUGAGUAUAAGAUCCAUAAGAACAAUGAAGUAGUGAAUGGCCAUGAGUCAUGGUGCGCAAAGCUGGAUGGAGUUCCAGUUUAUGUGACAGAUGGCAUAAUGUUGUAUGCUCAUUUAUUAGCCAGUAUAGCUUUGCCGCUAAUGGUUACUGCUUUGGUUACUGUUGGAAUUGGCUAUCCAAGCCAUCUCUCAGAAAUGCUCUCCCAUUGCAAAUAAAGUGGCAAACAUUUGCAGUCUGCCAAUAUACUGGUAUUUUCAACCUCUUGUCUUUAGCAUGCUAGAUGUACAGAAUUGUGAUGUUCACUAAUUGAAAUUAGCCAUGUCUUCUAAAGUGAACAGCUCGGAUGAAGCUUUACACGUAUUUUGUACGAAAGGUUGUUCCACGCUGGUUUACCAUGUGCGUCGUUCAACUUUAGAAGUAGGAAGUCUUCAAAGUGUCGUUCAUGCAACCUUCUGUAUAAAUAAUGGCUGGAAUGUUGUUGCAGAUGCCUUCGGUCUUUUUGAGACUGUACAAAUAGCCAGCUCUUGGACGUGUUUUGUUGUAGCAUUACCUCAAGGAGUACGUGCUAUAGACUGAUUGCCCAAGCAUGCAAAAAGACAUUGGAAGUGUUAGACUGUAUAAUUUCUCAUUGGGUAUGUUUGAAACAUUUAACGGCGGGCAUGUCACGUUGAGAAAUGUUACAGGAGGCAUUUGCACAAGGCUUGCAUGUGCAGCAGUCACAAUCUAACAUGUACAUGGGUUGUGUGCUGUAAAUACUGAAUGUAGAAUUCUGAGCUAUAAACAGUGACUGGUUAAGAUGUGGUGGCAGGUGACCCUCAAAUAGAACACAUACUCUUGCACCAGUGAAUCACCACGUCCAAUUCACCCUAUCCAUCGCUCUUCAUACCUAUGCCCCAGCUAAAAGAACUUUUUGUUCUUGAAGUGUGAAUGAUACCCAUCUGUUUACGUGAAGGUAUUAACCAAGCCAUCCGGCUUUCCAUGGUACAUGUUGUCUGCUGCUGCUACUACUACUACUGCUGCUUAUUUGUGACACAAGAAUAAGAGGGGUGAGAAGUAUCUAACAGGUUCUUUAGACAGGGAAAACAGGGGGAAGUCGGGAGAUGGAAAUUCAAGACGAUGAGCAAAACGAGAACAAGGUGAAAGCAGGAGCCAACGUUUUGACAAGUUACGCUCCUGUCCUUGAAGAAGACAAGUCCACAUGUCGAAAUGUUGGCUCCUGCUUUCACCUUGUUCUCGUUUUACCCAUGGUUCUUUAGACAGGAAUUUAGGGCAGUCUCUCCCUUAAAGGAGUACUGGCACAAAAUUUCGAAGUCGAGUUAACGUGCGAGAUCGAUUUAUGUGGGUACAGGCACAUCGUCUGCAAAAUAUCAACGGCAUAUCAACAACAUACUUAAAAUCAAUUUUAAAGUAUUUGCGUGCAGCCAACCGCAAUACGCAGCACCUCGUGACAUCGACAUCAAGAAAGGAAUGUAAACAACCGAUAAAACGCUACGUCACGAGUUUGCGCUGCCGUCGGGACGGGCCCUGGGAACAAGUUUCUCACCGCACCGAUUGUCCCGGUGUCUUUAUUUUUUUCUCUCCCGGGUCGUGACGCCGACGUCUCUCGCCACUGACGGUGGCACAAAAAUUGGCAAAACUUGUUUCUGACACGAAAUAACUCGUAAAGUGACGUCGAAAGUGUGCAUGUUAUAAAAUGUUGCGUGAUAUAGUAAAUCACUGGCGUGAUUUUGACUAGCAAGCGGCCGGCACAGCCGCCGCUGCAAUCGUCUCUGUGAAGCGGCUCGCUGGUCAAUGUGUUUUCUCAUCGCUACCAACGGCAUCUGGAAGACUGAUUGUAUUGUCACUUAUGAGCUACAUAAAUGUGCAGACAUUGUG